GAUGAUAAUAAGAAGAUCAAAGUUCGUUCUUGUUUCGACACAAUUUAUAUGCACCACACAAGAGUUAUUGUUAUUAUCAAACAUGUUUGGUCUCUUACUGAUAGUUUUUGUGGUAUUAAUUAUUUUAUGGCACAAAAUACGGACUCACCAUUGGAUAAAAAGGCAAGUACCUGGACCACAACCAUGGCCGAUUGUUGGAAAUAUUGCUGAACAUCUUUUUGGUAGAAAAACCAUUGGUCAGGUGAUAAAGGAAAUAUACAGAAAAUAUGAAGGUUAUCCAUUCGUUGGCAUAUUCAGGGCGACCCAUCCUUGUUUGUUGGUCAGAGAUCCGGAAUUUGUUCACAAAAUAAUGGUCACCGAUCAGAAAGCCUUUUACAAUAACGAAUUCAACAUUGACAAAAAAAUUGAUCCGUUGUUUGGGCAAAAUCUUUUCGUGUUGAGGGAUCAAGAUUGGAAGGACACCAGGCAAAUGUUGACUGCCGGAUUUACGAGUCUAAAGAUGAAAUUUAUGUACGAAAAUCUCACUGAAAACGCUAGAAGAUUAGUUGAAUUUAUCCAAAAUCAUCCAACAGCUGAAGAUGAUGGAAUAGAAACUAGAGAAUUAACAAAAAGAUUUACACUAGAAAAUGUAGCUUCGGCAGCGUUUGGAAUCGACGGUAAAUGUUUUGAAAGUUUUACGGAGCUGUCGGAAUUUAUGAAACUUGCAAACUCCGUGUUGGAACCUGAGGCACUUAGUCUUAGUAGAAUACUUAUACAGUUGAAUGCAAUUUUUCCAGUUGCAAGUUACUUCAUCUCUUUUAGGAUAAUUCCAAAAGAAAUCGAACAAAAACUAGUCCAAAUCGUAUCAGACGUCGUAAAAUAUCGUAAGGAAAAUCACGUGCAAAGCAACGAUUACCUCCAGUUUAUUUCACAACUGGCAAAAGAAAAAGGUUUUGACGAUACUGAAAUUACUGCUCACAGUGUAACGUUCUUUUUUGACGGUUACGAGAGUUCUUCUAACGUUUUCACGUAUUUACUAUUGAAUUUGGCGUUACAUCCGCAAUAUCAGGAAAAAAUUCGUGAGGAAAUUAGGAAAGUCGAGGAGGAAAAUAAUGGUGAAAUUACCUAUGACACUUUGAAUGAAAUGAAAUGGUUAGAUGCUUGUUUUUAUGAAACCCUUAGAAUAUCUCCUUUUCUGGAUAUCUUAGUUAAAAAAUGCACUCAAUCAUAUAAAUAUACACCAGAAAACCCAGAUUUUAAAAAGUUGUCGGUAAAAUUAUAUCCAGGAGACACAGUAAUUAUACCAUACAGUUUGUUAAUGAACGACGAAAAAUAUUUCGAAAAUCCAGACAAGUUUAUGCCAGAAAGAAUGAUGAACAGGGAUAACAUUAACAAAGCGAUAUUUUUUCCUUUUGGUAGUGGAGCAAGAGUGUGCAUAGGUCAGAGAUUCGGAUUAAUGCAAAUCAAACUCGGUGCAGCUCAAGUUAUUAAAAACUUCCAGAUUUCUCCGGAUCCCAAAACUAAAUUACCUAUAAGAUUAAUCCCCUUUAGUUUCCUGAACGAAGUUAAGGGAGGCGUAUUUUUGAAAUACAAAAGAAUCGAGAGAAAAAACUAAAUUAAUUAAGACUUUGAGAUGUUUUGAGUUUUUGGCUUUUCAAAAUAUUAUCAUUAAAAUAUCAUAUAAAUUUAAUAAAUAAAUUAGAGCGUCGUUUCUUUGAUCUACCAUCCACAAAAACGUUUCGAUCUUUCAGAUGUCAUCAGGGUGGGGUAAAAAUUAACUUUUCUCUAAAGUUUGUUCGCAUCAAAGUUC